AUGUGUCUCGCACAGUCAAGAGAGGAGCUCCCGUCUUUCACGAGAUACUCCGCUGCACAUAGACCACCAGGUACCCCUCGGCUGGCACUUUCUUUCGAAUCAGAAAAGCAGUCACACGCUCAUGAUACCUUUUACCGCAUCGUGUUUACAAUCACGCGCGAGGCAGAUGACCUCGACAAACGACCAUGUAUUAUUCACUGGGAUCCCGUCGAGGACGGUCUUGGCCAGUCAGGCAUGAUGCUGCGUAUUCGUCCAGCAAGCGGCUUUGAGGCACCUGACCUCAAUUUACACGAGCUGCCCACGAAGUCCCUUCAUCCCCGAGAAGUGUCCACCGAAGACCCUUGCUUCAAGCAGCUUGACCCAGGCACUUGCGUCUCCUGGUCCGCGAAUUUGCCACCUGUCUAUUUUAAUGCCCAACGCUCCCUGAAUCACUACGACCUCAUCUGGGGAGGUGGGCAAAUUCAUUUGUGGGAUUGGGGAACGCUAGUGGACUUUAGCGAGUCGCAUCGCCAGCUUGCUCCAAAGUCACCCGCGACAGUACUUCCCAGUGGAGCACACCAGUCAUUCGAGGUCGUCGACGAUGAAAGCGACCUUGAAGACGAUGUGGGAGAAUGGGAUUCGUCGCCGCGACCAAUGUCACCAUCUGCUCGGGCGGCGGACGCUCCAGUACUAAGUAUGAAAGUCGCUGGUCCUGAAACGCUAUCAAUAAGAAAUCGUUCGCUCGCAGCGAGACUUGACUAUCCUGUUACCGUUACGAUCUCAUACGACGAAGCACCUGGCCUGGGAGAUGAUAAGAGACCGAUCGUCUUUCACACGUCUAGCUUCAAAAUUAUGGACAGUCACUACCAUGGGUUUCGGCUCUAUGUGAAAGAAAAUGACGAAUGGAGGGGCCAUAAUGUGAAUGGGGAGCUCCUACACCACGCUUACAGAUCAAGUCCUACUCCACUAAAUGUUGGCAUGAAUGAGGGGAACAAAUUUCAGACUUUGAUGCCUGGCGAGUCUUGGUCGUUUACACGGACUAUAAGCGAUUUCCCGAAGGAUUUUGCGCCCGGUGAUCGAUUUCAGUACGGGUUCAAGGGGACUCCCCUUGACUGGUGGAAUUGGGGCAAUUUUGAUGAUCAUGAAGACACUGUCGUGGUGGCUGGGGAGACAAUUGUCACUCAUCCGCCAGAUAAUAAUGGCAGGCCUAAGGUUGUGGUGUCGGCUAGUAACUGGAUCGAGUUUACAUUGAUCGAAUGA